AUGAGACACGUCAGAUGGCGAAUAAAACUCCUCUUUGCGCACAUUGGAUAUGGAAGUCAUCGGCACUCUCGCCAGCUUGUAUCACUUAGUGUUGGAUUGUGGGGCUCCGUCCUUUACGAAGGGAAUAACCAGCAUGCGUUGGUGCCUCGGGGCGUCCAAGUUUGGCAAGCACCUCAUGAUGAUUUUAGAUCAAAGUCACGACGUGAGGUUUUGGUGAGAGUUGGCAUGAUUCUUGCACUUCUGGAUGGGCUAGUUUAG